AUGCCAAACGAAGAAGAAAGACAGUAUUUGAAUUUAAUUAAAGAAUGCAUCGAAAAUGGUAAGAGACAGAAUGACCGCACAGGAACAGGAACGCUUGCAUUAUUCGGAAGAUCAAUGAGAUAUUCUCUAGAAAAUGGGAGGUUUCCUCUUCUCACAACCAAGAAUGUGCCUUUCAGAAUAAUAGCCGAGGAACUCUUGUUCUUCAUUCGGUCUCAAACAGACAAUAAGAUACUUAAAGCCAAGAAUAUCCACAUUUGGGAUGGAAAUAGCACAAAAGAAUAUUUUCAGAGGAGUGGAAUCAAUAGGGAAGAAGACGAUCUUGGACCAGUAUACGGGUUUCAGUGGAGACACUAUGGUGCAGAGUAUAAGACAUGCAUGGAUAGCUAUGAAGGCCAGGGCAUAGACCAGCUACAACAGGUUAUUGAUACCCUAAAGAAUAACCCAACGAGUAGAAGAAUGAUAGUAGUUGCCUGGAAUCCUAUCCAGUUAAAUGAAAUGGCACUACCACCCUGCCACUGCAUGUUUCACUUCUUGGCUGCAGAGGGAAAGCUAACUUGUAUAUUGUAUCAGCGGUCAGGUGAUAUGGGACUCGGAAUUCCAUUUAAUAUUGCGAGUUAUUCGCUUUUAGCUGUGAUAGUGGCAAGGUUAACGGGGCUUGAGCCACAUGAAUUUGUACAUUUUAUUGGAGACACCCAUGUAUACUUGGAUCAUGUUGAACCUUUAAAGGUUCAGUUAGAAAGAGAGCCAAGGGAAUUUCCAACACUGAGACUAGCUGAGAAGGAGUAUAAGAAAAUUGAAGACUUUCAAGUUGAAGAUUUCAUAAUUGAAGGAUAUAACCCAUAUCCCAAAAUUCAAAUGAAGAUGUCAGCGUAA